AUGGCCAACGACUGCAAGCCUGAUGGGAACACCGUGCAGGUGCUGCGGGACGUGGCCAACCGCCUGCGAAUCCAUUCCAUCAGGGCCACAUGUGCCUCCGGCUCCGGCCACCCCACUUCAUGUUGCAGUGCAGCCGAGAUCAUGUCCGUGCUCUUCUUCCACACCAUGAGGUAUAAACAGACAGACCCAGGACACCCUGAUAACGACCGAUUCAUCCUCUCGAAGGGCCAUGCUGCUCCAAUCCUCUAUGCCGCUUGGGCAGAGGUGGGCAACAUCAGUGAAUCUGACUUGCUGAGCUUGAGGAAAAUUCACAGUGACUUGGAGGGACAUCCCACCCCAAGAGUGCUGUUUGUUGAUGUGGCAACAGGAUCACUUGGGCAAGGAUUAGGUGCCGCGUGUGGAAUGGCUUAUACUGGCAAGUACUUCGACAAGGCCAGCUACCGGGUGUUCUGCCUCAUAGGGGAUGGCGAAUCUUCAGAAGGCUCUGUCUGGGAGGCCUUGGCCUUUGCUUCGCACUACAAUUUAGACAAUCUCGUGGCAGUCUUCGACGUGAACCGCUUAGGACAAAGUGGAGCCACGCCUCUUGAGCACUGCACAGACAUCUAUCAGAAUCGCUGUGAAGUCUUUGGGUGGAAUAGUUACCUAGUGGAUGGCCAUGAUGUGGAGGCAUUAUGCCAAGCAUUUUGGCAAGCGGCUCAAGUGAAGAACAAGCCCACUGCCAUAGUUGCAAAGACCUUCAAGGGCCGGGGUAUUCCAGAUAUUGAGGAUGCAGAAAAUUGGCAUGGAAAGCCGAUGCCAAAAGAAAGAGUAGAUACAAUCAUCAAAUUAAUUGAGAGUCAGAUACAGACCAACAGGAAUCUCAUACCAAAACCUCCCAUUGAAGACUCACCUCAAAUCAGCAUCAGCAAUAUAAAAAUGACCUGUCUGCCUGAAUAUAUAGUUGGUGACACGAUAGCUACCAGGAAAGCAUGUGGUUUGGCUUUGGCAAAACUGGGCCAUGCAAAUGAAAGAGUUAUUGUCCUGGAUGGUGACACAAAAAACGCCACCUUUUCUGAGAUAUUCAAUAAAGAGCACCCUGAGCAUUUUAUUGAGUGUUUUAUUGCUGAGCAAAACAUGGUGAGUGUGGCACUAGGCUGUGCCACACGUGGUCGAACCAUUGCUUUUGUUAGUACCUUUGCUGCCUUUUUGGCCAGAGCAUUCGAUCAGAUAAGGAUGGGAGCCGUAUCUCAAACCAAUAUCAAUCUUAUUGGUUCCCACUGUGGGGUAUCCAUUGGUGACGAUGGACCCUCCCAGGUGGCCCUGGAGGAUCUAGCCAUGUUCCGAAGUAUUCCCAACUGUACCGUUUUCUAUCCAAGUGAUGCCAUCUCAACAGAGUAUGCUGUUUAUCUGGCUGCCAAUACCAAAGGAAUGUGCUUCAUUCGGACCAGCCAACCAGAAACUGCAGUUAUUUAUACCCCACAAGAAAAUUUUGAGAUUGGGCAGGCCAAGGUCAUCCGCCAGAGUGUCAAUGACAAAGUCACAGUUAUUGGAGCUGGAGUUACUCUGCAUGAAGCCUUAGCAGCUGCUGACAGUCUUUCUCAACAAGGUAUUUCUAUCCGUGUCAUUGACCCAUUUACCAUUAAACCCCUGGAUGCUGCCAACAUCAUCUCCAAUGCAAGAGCUACAGGUGGCCGGGUUAUCACAGUGGAGGAUCACUACCGGGAAGGUGGCAUUGGAGAAGCUGUAUGUGCAGCUGUCUCUAGAGAGCCUGACAUCCUUGUUCAUCAGCUGGCAGUGUCAGAAGUGCCUCAAAGUGGAAAACCUGGUGAAUUGCUGGAUAACUUUGGUAUCAGUGCCAGACACAUCAUAGCAGCUGUGAAAAAUACUUUAAUGAACUAA